GGCCAGUCUCCUAUAGUUAUAGAUAAUACAAAUACACAAGCUUGGGAAAUGAAGCCCUAUGUUCAACUGGCACUAGAAAAAGGUUAUAAUGUGGAGUUCCAUGAGCCCAACACUGGUUGGAAGUUUGAUCCUGCGGAGCUAGAGAAGAAUGACAUCAAGAAGUCAAGAUACAGGCUGGGCAGGGGACGGAAAAGGAGGAAACGUAAACGGCAUCAUAGACCUAGGUCAGGACGUGGCAAAGAGUUGGGAAAGAAAAUGGAAAGAUCCCAAAGUCACUCUGAAUCAGAAACUGAAUAUAAUGAAGAAUCUAGUUUUUUUUUGCAUUGGAAAUGAAAAUUCUUCUUCACACAUGUGUGAAAAGGAAAAUUCUGAAAAUAUUCUUGAAAAUAAUAAUCAUUCAGAUCUGUUGUAUUAUGAACAGCCUCGGCAAGCUGAACCAGCCUAUCUAAAUUCAGAAAGUGCCUCAGAAUCUAAACUGUUAGAUGCAGAAUGUGAAAAUUGUAAAGAUGAUGUUUUAUCAGAAACUCCAGACCAAAAUGUUAGAAUAGAGGACUGUGCCUCUGGUGGUGUAGACCGAAAGAAUUUUGAAUGGGAUAAAAAAAGUGAUGGAGCAUAUCAUAGCGAAACAUCUGUUGAUGACAUUCCUGUUAAAAGCUCAGGAUAUUCUUUACCUAGGCACGAAGCUUCUGAGGCAUUGGAUAGUUCUGCAAAAACAAAGGAAUUUAGAGAAAAACUAGAAAUUUGGAUUGGCCAGCAGAGAGAAACUGUACAUUUAAUGGAAAUAUCUUCUAAAACAGUUCAUAGGACAGAAUUUUCUGAACAUGUCAAGGAAGACGAGUUCAAUGAAGAAUCUGAGUCAAACACAGUAUCAUCGAUCAAUGGCUGCCUUCCACAGGAGUUUUCUUGUGAAAGUGCUCAACACAGUUCCAUUGAACCUGGGACCAAAAUAAAAAUGAACCAUAAUGGAAACACAACUCCAUGUACCUCUCAGAUUGAAGGAGUAACUUCAGAGAUCGUGACAGGUCAUGAUGACAGUGAUGACUCUCUUUUACAAUUACCAGACAACAUUCAGGGUACUUUGCCACAUAUACUUCAUAAUGAAGACGUAGACAAGAUGGCGUCAGUAUCAUCCACAGCUUACCAUGAGCGUGAAAACUCCCAGAAUGAGAUUCCUAAGAAGUUAAAGCGACUUUGCUGCCUGGCACCUAAAUUCCAGCUUUCCCGGGAAGAAAAAGCUGUGCCUCCAGCAGAACAAGAGAAAGAAGAUGUCUAUCCAGACGAUGACAUGCAAAUUGAUGAAGAAUCACAAGAUGCAGAUUCAGAUCAGUUGAAGGAUACAUGUACAUAUUCUGAUUUGGCUCAAGAAAAUGAACAAUCAGAAGCCUGUAUAUCUAAAAUUGACCAGCCUUCCAAAUUAGAUGAUUUGGAGCAUGGUAUACCUUGGUGUUCUCCUACAUCUGAAACUAAUUACUUACCUCCUAAGGCAGAUUUAUCUGAUCCUUCCCAUUUAGUGGAUGUCAGUAGUGUCCCAUUACAGGAUUGGAAUUGUACGUUAAAUGUCCAAGAGCAUGAUGAUGUCAGAGAAACUGUUUCUAGCAACCAGCCUGACAUUUUGUCAUCCGUUACUGAUCCAUUUGGUAAAGGAAUCAGGAUUUCAGAGUCCUCUGAGAAACAGAACAACAGUGAAAUGCUGCACGUUAACAGUUGUUCAGGCCAAACUCUGAAUCAGGAGAAUGAUGAUGAAGUUGUCAAGCCUCAGGCAGAGUUCCCUUUCCUUCAUCUGCAACUGCCUUUACAGCUGGCCUUACAACUUGCUGAGUUUUUUGGUUCUCGGCAUAUGGAUAUUGAUUCACUGACGCCGGAUGAUCUUACCAUUCCCAUGGAUUGGGAGUUAUCAAAAAUGAUUCAUUCACGGUGGAUGUCAUCAAUAGAGAAACGAUACAAGCAUUCUGUUGUGACAUCGGAACUUAUACCCAGUGGAAGUCACCCAGAGCAAAGUAGUAAUGUGACGAUGACUACAACAAUUCCAAAAGAUGAUGUGAUGGAACAGGAGGAGCUGACUUCAUCCAUGACCUGAUUUAUGCCUAUGGUGUUCAGCCUUCAGCAUCAUUCUCAGAACAUUAUCCAGAAAAUACGUUAAUGCCCUUCAGUAUUGAGGAGUCUUGUGUGCUGUGAAGGUUUUGUUGCACUUUCUACACACCUGAUUCUGAUUUCUCUAAACCAUUCUGCACUAGAUCACAACUGUUUCAAACUGGGCUGGGCAAGAGCACAGAUGUUAAAAAAAAAAAAAAAAAUUGUCAUUUUUCCAUUUCUUUCACUAGGCAGGGUAAAUAAAUAGUUUCACUUUGAGCCUUUUCAAUAAAAUGCUGUUGGUUUCAGACAAA